AUGCUUCGGUCAUUCAUACGUCACAACUUUCAUAGUCAAGUGAGCCUAGGAUCUAGAGUUGGCCCUAUUGUUUCUCGCUUCCAUCUCCCACAGAAGUUGCCCACAAACCAGCCACGGUUAAGAUUCCAUUCCACAAAUGAAACCAACAAGACGGCCACUUUGAAGACCGAUACUCCACAGCUCAUGAUUGCGUUCACUUGUACCAAGUGUGACACAAGAUCUUCGCAUACUUUUUCGAAGCAAGCAUAUGUCAAGGGCACGGUAUUAAUACAGUGUCCCGGAUGCAAGAACCGUCAUUUGAUUGCAGAUAACCUCAAGAUCUUCCGUGACAAAAACAUCAACUUAGAAGACAUCCUUCGUGCCAAAGGUGAGCUGGUCGCCACGACAACAGAGGAUCUCGCAUUCGAAGACAUCCCAGAGUCCUUGAGAAAGAUGAUUGGACAUCACGCCAAAGAUGCACCUGAGGAGUUUCAGAAGACAUCUGAGAGCAAUGAUACUGCAUUGCCACCUGCAAAGGAGAAGCUGCAGAGCUAA